AUCCCGCUGGUGAUCUUUAAGCGGGAGAAGGAGGUGGCGCGGCGCCUGGAGUUCUCGGGGCUGUACAUCACGGAGCAGCCGCCGGACGACGACGUGAAGGGGCAGUGGGACCGCCUGGUCCUGAACGCACAGUCCUUCCCCAGCAAUUACUGGGACAAGUUCGUCAAGAGGAAGGUGCUGGAGAAAUACGGGGACAUCUACGGGCGCGAGCGCAUCGCGGAGCUGCUGGGGAUGGAGCUCUCCAGCCUCGAGAUCGGGGCGCGCGGGGAGAGGAAGCCGCCCCCCGACAACUCCGUGCUCACCUGGAUCACCUCCAUCGACAUCCGCUAUCAGAUCUGGAAGUUUGGGGUCAUCUUCACCGAUAACUCGUUCCUGUACCUGACGUGGUACAUGGCCAUGUCCCUGCUGGGCCACUACAACAACUUCUUCUUCGCCGCGCACCUCCUGGACAUCGCCAUGGGGGUGAAGACGCUGCGCACCAUCCUGUCCUCCGUCACCCACAAUGGGAAGCAGCUGGCCAUGACCGUGGGGCUGCUGGCCGUCGUCGUGUAUCUCUACACCGUCGUGGCCUUUAACUUCUUCCGGAAGUUCUACAACAAGAGCGAGGAUGAGGAUGAGCCCGACAUGAAAUGCGACGACAUGAUGACG